AUGCGCGCUGUGUGGCUUGUCGCGGCGCCCUCAGAAGGGAGUUGCAGGCUUUUCCAGGGCAAGCUCCAUCAGCUCCGUGCGCCAAGAUUGCGUAGUUUCCCACAAGCAGAGGGGGCCUGUUGGCUUGCAGAACCGCUGGAGGUUCGCAGAAGCUUUUGGGCUUCUCAAAAAGCUCUUUUGGGUUCUCAGAAGGGCUUCUUAGAAGGCCUUUCGGGGUUCCUGGAAGGCGGUGCAUCUACUCAGCACUCAGAUGGUGUAGAUAGUGUACGGGUUCUCAGAGCAUGCGGUUUCAAGCAACCAGAGGAUUCCGAGGACGCUUUUACAGCAAAGGUUGGGGCUUGUCUCUGA